UAUUAUUGAUUUGGGACUAUGUAAACCUAUAAGUGAUUCUGGUAAUAAGGUUAAUGAAAUUUAUGGAGUUCUACCUUAUAUGGCUCCUGAAAUAUUAAGAAACAAACCUUAUACCCCAGCAAGUGAUAUUUAUAGUCUUUCAGUGAUAAUGUGGGAAUUUACAUCAGGUGCUCCUCCAUUUUAUCAUGAAGCACAUGAUCAUCACCUUAGCUUGGAUAUUUGUAGAGGAAAACGUCCCAAAAUUAUAGAAAAUACUCCAAAAUGCUAUAUAGAUUUAAUGGAAAAAUGUUGGGAUUCAAAUCCUUCCAACAGACCAACCAUAAGAAUGCUUGAAAAUAUUAUAUCUGAAUGGAUUAGAUGUAUUAAUAAAUAUUAUGAAAUAAACAGGGAUGGAGAACAUAACUUUUUAGUACCAAAUGUUUAUAAUCAAUUAAAAGAUGAUAUGCUUGAAUUUGUAGAAGCAAACAAAACGUUAGUACAAGAACAGGCAAAUACUUCUAUUAUGCAAUCUCAUCCACAAGCAUAUUAUACAAGUCGCAAAUUUACUGAAAUUUUAACUCAAGAAGGGACUCAAGGUCUUGAUUGUAUGAUUGAAGAUUAAUGAUCUUGUUAUUUAUUGAAUUAUUUAUAUUAUGUAAUUUACAAUUUUGUAAUAAAAUAAAUAUUAUUAAAUAUAA